GCGUUCGCAAAUUCAUGUGUGGGAUGUAUUGAAACAGGCGGCAGCCGGUUUAAGUCAUUUGCAUUCAUUGAAUAUAGUCCAUCGUGAUAUUAAACCUCAAAAUGUUUUGCUAUCCCUGCCCGAUGUAAAUGGAACUGUACGCGUUAUGAUAUCCGAUUUCGGUCUUUGCAAGAAACUUAAUUAUGGUAAAACUCUCAAGAGACGCACUGGGGUUACUGGUACAGAUGGUUGGAUUGCUCCCGAAAUGAUGAGAGGACAAAGAACGACCACAUCUGUUGAUAUUUUUUCAUUGGGCUGUGUAUAUUUUUAUGUUCUAAGUAAAGGACAACAUUUGUUUGGAGAUGCUCUCAAACGACAGGCAAAUAUUUUAACCAAUGAUCACAGUUUGUAUCAUUUGAAAGCUGAACGCAAAGAAGAUCGCAGUAAAUUUGUAA